AUGGACGGCACCGCCCAGCGGGAUUGGGAGUUCUUGCUCGACGCAGACCAGAACACGAAGGAGACCUACCCCACGUUCGAACAGGGCAGCCUCGCCGCAAGCAACGCCCCGACGGCCGCCGAAGCUCGCCACUUCCACGAGCCGACCGAGCCCAGCGACAGAAAGACUGAUAUCAAGAUCAACAUCGCGACCUUCAACGCACAGACAGGCCAGGGGCCCAAAGAAGGAGCGCAGCGAAGGAAGGAGAAAACCAACAUGCUAAAGACCACCAGCGCCAGCCUUUUCGACGAGGACCUACAUGUCAUCGGUAUCCAAAAGACCAGGGCGCCAAGGGGAAUGCGCGACUCAGAGAAAGAAGGCGACGCCUCCUGCGCCAAUGCGAAUAGCAACCGCGCCAUCUCCAACGGCCACCAAGGUUGCAACUACGGCUGCGCACUCCACGUCCUCCUUAGCAAGCCCCACGGAAAGUGCGGCAAGAAAGAACUCUUCUUCGAGCCCGGCGAGUUCACCACCAUCGAGAAGGCCGAGAAGACCAGCUGCUGGAAGAAGCUCACCGCGGCGACCGAGAAGUACCAGACCCGCAUCAUCUUGAUAGACGCCAACGCCAGAACAGGCGACAUCACCAGCGCGGCGAUCGGCGACCAAGGCACGCAGCAGGAAGAAGAUCCUAACGGUCGACGUCUUCACGAGCUGCUCCUUUCCAAUUACCUCGUGGGUGCCGACGCGUUUGUCAGCCACGGGCCCGAGCGCUGCGCCUGGCACUCAGGCACGAGCCCCCGCCGCAUCGACUACGUUAUCGUUCCGAGGGGAUACCUGGACUCGAUUGAGGCAUGCUCUGUCCCACAUGGCAUCGAUGACGGCUGCGACCCCGACACCAAUCAUGACCGCUACCCCGUCGGGCUAGAGCUAGCCUAUGAGAUCGCAUCUUCG